AAACCCAUCCAAACUCGAAACCCUAAAACCAAACCGCACAAUAAUAAUGUUUCUUUCUCUCAGCUUCAUCAUCAUCUUUGGGCUUCUUUGUUUCUUCUUCUUAUUAAUGUUCAGUCGUGUAUUCCACACUGAACAUCAUAAGAAGCUCAUUGUUUACACUCCUCCAUCUUACCCAAUUAUUGGGUGUCUUUUAUCGUUCUACAAGAACCGCUAUUGCCUGCUGGAUUGGUACACUAAGCUCCUCGCUUCCUCGCCCACCAAAACCAUCGUCGUGCACCGCCUCGGAGCGCCGCGCACGGUGGUCACCGCUAGCGCCGAGAACGUGGAGUAUAUGCUGAAGAACAACUUCCUCAACUUCCCUAAAGGGGAGCCCAUGAACCAGAUUCUGGGCGACUUCCUCGGCCGCGGGAUAUUCAACGUGGAUGGGGAUUUGUGGAGCGCCCAGCGCAAGCUGGCCAGCCACGAGUUCACCGCCAGGUCACUCCGGGAGCUGGUGAUGAAGACGCUAGAGGAGGAGGUCGACGGCCGCCUCUCGCCGUUGCUGGAGGCCGCCGCGAGAAAUUCAUCGGUGUUGGACUUGCAGGACGUUCUGAGAAGAUUUGCGUUUGAUACCAUAUGUAAAAUCUCCCUCGGCUCCGAUCCCGGCUGUUUGUCUUCCUCCGAUUCUUCCGCCGAGUCGUUGGUGGAUGCUUUCGAUAAGGCGUCGGAGAUUUCCGCGAGACGCGGCAUGGCGCCUGUGUUUGCUGUGUGGAAAUGCAAGCGGGCUUUCAACGUGGGAUCGGAGAAAAAACUCAGGGAACACAUCAAAGUCGUUCAUGAUCACGUCGAGGAGAUCAUCCGUGUCAGAAAACAAGAAAAAGCAAACAAUAUUGCCGCCGGCGCCGGGAGUGAUUUUCUGUCGAGGUUGUUGGAUGCUGGGCACAAGGACGAGGUUGUCAGGGACAUGGUCAUAAGUUUCCUCGUCGCCGGAAGAGACACAACUUCUUCCGCCCUCACCUGGUUCUUCUGGCUUUUAUCCAAACACCCAAACAUCGAAACCACUGUCAUCAAACAAGUCCUCUCCUCGGACGACCAAAAAACCUUAAAUUUUGAUCAUCUGAGGGAGAUGAAUUACAUCAAAGCAUGCCUGUGCGAGUCCAUGAGGCUAUACCCUCCGGUGGCGUGGGACUCCAAGCACGCUGCAAACGACGACGUUCUGCCUGACGGAACACCCAUUUACAGAGGCAAUAGGGUCACCUUUUCCCCAUACGCAAUGGGGAGGAUGGAGAAUCUCUGGGGAAACGACUGGCUCGAGUUUAAACCGGACCGCUGGUUCGAUGAACAAGGGAAGUUGAAAAUGAUUAGCCCGUUUAAGUUCCCGGUUUUCCAAGCCGGUCCGAGGGUGUGUUUGGGCAAAGAGAUGGCUUUCAUUCAGAUGAAGUUCGUAGUGGCCUCCAUUCUGCGCCGGUUUGAGAUUCGACCGGUGUGCGAGUCACAGCCGGUUUUUGUCCCCCUCUUGACCGGAUACAUGGCUAAAGGACUCUACGUUAGGGUUCACAUGAGGGAAGGUUACAAUAAUAACUAAGUAUUUUUAAUGUCUUGCAUGCUAAGGCUCAACAGUACGUAUGAGUUGACCACCGACUAUCAUUUCGAUCUUCUAUAGUAAGUUUUUUAGCAAGGAGAAUGUAACGACUCGGUUAAGGGAUGAAUAUUGAGUGUGUUUUUACCCUUAA